UUACUUAGUCUAAUGCUUUUCCCCCUUUCCCCCUUGUUUGCCCCUCAUUCUUCGUUUCUAUUUUCCUUUUGGAUUUCUGAGUUUGGAUUUUUUUGUUCUCUCUCUCUCUCCCGAGUAGCAUGGCGUAUUCACGGUAAGAGGUCGUGUAUUUUUCUUGUUCUUCUUCUUCUCUUUCAGCGCGCAUCUUUUCUUAUGGCCUAUCUUUUUUUUUCAUCUCAAGCAGAGCAGGAUUUGGUAGGGUUGGGGGGUUUUCCUUUUACUCCUUUUUUUUUAAAGUAUCACACUUCUUUUCUAUCUUAUCUCUAUUCCAAAGGAGAUGGGCAUGGUCAGGGGGUUGGUCUGUUGGUCGUUGAUACUUGA